GAUGAUAGUUAUCAUCCCACUGCUGACAGUGGUCUACUCCUACACUAACGUCUACAUGUUCGCGCGCAGUUCACGCCAGCGCCUCGUGGGGGCCAUGAACGAGGCCAAGGUCAAACAAGAUGACCUCAAGCUCAUCAAGACCCUGGUGAUCAUGUGCGUGACAUUUUUCUUCUGCUGGUCCCCCUACGCCAUAGUGGUACUGGCCGACUUCGAAGAUCACUGGCCCCAGACGGUGCACUUCCUCGCCCUGAUCAUGGCGCAUGCGUCCUCGAGCAUCAACUGCAUCAUCUACGGAUUCACCAAUGACAAGUUCCGCCGCGGACUGUUCCAUUUGGUGGGGAAGGGCAGGGUCCAGGCUGGCUCGGGAGAGGUCCUUCAUGCCAACCAUCAUUCUGUCGCCCCCACUGAUAUUGAGAUGUUCAACGUAGCUCAAAAUAAGCCCAUCACCACAAACAUGAUCGUGGUUUCGUAAACAUAAUAUGUUCUACCAUAACAUUCAUUUUCUAUUCUUGACAAAAUUCUUUUAUAUCACAAACAAAAAUGAAAUUGGUCUUUCAAAAAUGAAAUUGGUGUUUUUACAAAUUGUAUGAAUUUUCGAGAAAAGUGCUUAAACUUGUUGAAAAUCAAGUGUCAUUCUUAAAAAUGAAUUCUUACAAAAUUCUUAAAGACUGAAUUGAAAAAUAUAUAUAUAUUUCUAUGCUCUAAACCAGAUGUAUAGCUUUAGUGUGCUUGUGCAUAUGUGUGUUCGUAUAUGCGUGUAGCACACAUGUGUGUUUGUGGGUUAUAUCAAAUGUCCAACGUCAGGCUGUAUGUCAUUCGUUUAAACUGUACAUAGCUGCCAUCGUUGUCCUUGUAUCAAAAGCAAUUGACUCAGAUUCUCAGAAUCUAAAGAAAUGGUUUGAUCUUAAACAGCCUUUUGUCGUUACGUUCAAACAUAAACACCGAUUGUCUAAUGCGACUCAAGUGAAAGUGAGUUUGGCUAGGGAAGUCAUCAUCAUCAUAUGGGAAGGGAUGUGUUUACAGAUGUCUCAAGAUGUACGUCACUUUUAAACAGUAGUAUAUUAAAGGUAUACUACGUAAUUUAUCUGAGUGAUCAACAGAGUUAGACCCUCCUGUAAGAUCACAGUUUGUAGACAUGUUUGUAUGAUGCACUGAUGUUGCAACUUCUCUCACUGAGCCUUGGUAUUCAAUGCUAAACGGUAGAUUUAGCUUACUAUGUAAAGAAAUGGCAGAAUCUACUUUUUGUAUUGUCCAACUAUUACGUAGUAUAGCUUUAAGAAUGUUUGGACAGGUUUGAGAUGUGAUUUGUUUUAGGAUGUCUUUUUGUCAUGUUGAUAUUUUACUAAUACUAGCAUCAUUUCGCGCCACCAACUGAAAGAUAGUAUCUAUAUGAAUGAUGUGCUCUUCCGUGACUGGCUGAUGUCAUGGAUUGCGUGAUGUGAAAUGUGUAAAUUUGUUUUGUAUAGUAAAAAUCUGUAAGACAAAGGUCACUAUCAUUGGCAGGCACACAGGUCACAGUGUUUUAGCCAUUUCAGCCUCUACGUGUAUAUGCACAAGGAAUCUUACUGUGGUUUGAAUGAGACUGUUCCGUUGAACAGAAAAUGUUUGCAUUGGACUUUUAAGAUUUGACAAAUAAGCUGAGUUUUUAUGACUGCGUUUACGGGAGAUUGUGACAUCCCCAAUUUUUGCAUUGUAUCGAAGAUACCUUUUAAUUUACAUCCUUUGCACCAUGUCGGGGAUUAUUUAGAUUCUUCUGACCUCAAUAUUUUAGUCGACAUCGAUGAAAAUGUCAAAACGCACAGGAAAACGUAACACAUAUGUGAAAUAGUCAUUUCACAACUUACAUUGUAGAGUUUCACUUGAAUAUAUGUGUUGGCAUAACUACCAAAUGCACCUUCAGGCAGAUGUAUGUAGCUAUAGAUUAAUGAUGUUCUUGACAAAAAAAGUUUAUAUUUGGGAAGCUGGAGUCUAUUGUUUCAAUGAACUGUCAUUGAACAGCCAAUGAGUCAUUACUCUUUACCUUUAUUUCACACUUCUAUUUCUGUAUAUAUUUACAUCAUAAUAAUUUUCGAUGAGUAAUUUU